GCUCCGGUGGACGGCGUCCAGGCUGCAGGGACCAGCAGGCUCUGAAGGAAGAUACACGUUGGGUCUCCGAGCUGAAUUAGCAGCCCCAAGGUCAGACAGAGGAGAGAGCGUCUGGGUGUGGAACAAUGGCCGGGUUAGCUGACAUCAUUGUGAUGCCGGCUCUGGGCCGCCCGUUCCAGCUGGGGAUGCUGUACGACUGCCGCAGCGACUCCCUCAUCCCAGGGAUCGCGCUAUGGCGCCCGGAACAGCUUCUCAAGGAUGUAAACAGAAAACCACAACCUAGGACUGAAUUUGAGAUCAUCGCAUCCGACACCAUUGAAGACAAGGCCAAUGCCCUCAAUGUCACAGCCUCGCUGAAGGCCAGUUUCCUGGGGGGGCUGGUUGAAGUAAGUGGAUCUGCCAAAUACUUAAAUGACACCAAAACAUCCAAACAACAGGCCAGAGUUACUCUCCAGUACUCUGCCACAACAAAGUUUGAGCAACUAACUAUGAGCCAUUUAGGAACAGAGAAUGUCUCUUACCCUGCUGUAUUUGACCAAGGCACGGCCACCCAUGUGGUCAUGGCUGUGCUGUACGGGGCUCAGGCUUUCUUCGUGUUUGAUCGGGAAGUUUCUUCUUCUGAGAAUGUGCGUGAGAUAGAGGGAAAGCUCAAGCUUGCAAUUAAAAUUAUACCCCCGGUUUCCAUAGUAGGGGAAGGAGCUGUCAAAAUGGAUGACAGGGAAAAAUUAAAUGCUGAAAAAUUUAACUGCAAGUUCCAUGGUGAUUUUGCUCUUGAGAACAAACCAACUAAUUUCGAAGAUGCCAUGAAAACAUAUUCCACCCUCCCAAAGCUGCUGGGUGACAGCGGGGAGAAGGCCGUACCAGUGAGAGUCUGGUUGUACCCGCUGACCAAGCUGGAUUCCAGAGCGGCUCGGCUGGUGCGUGAGAUCAGUUUAACACUGAUUUCUGAUGUUCAGACUGCUAUGGAGGAACUGGCAGAACUAAACAUGCGAUGCAAUGACAUGGUGAAGAAUCCGAUCACCACAAGCUUCCCCGAAAUCAAGCAGAAAAUCCAGCAAUUCAGAGAUCUGUGUAAGCAACACAGAGAGACUUUCCAGAAACAGUUAGCGGGACUCUUACCAUUAAUCCGUGGAGGUGGAAAAGAGGAAGGGGCUCUGGUGGAUAUUUUAUCAUGUCAAAACCAGUCACCGUUCAAUACCCAGUGUCUCAGUGAAUUUCUGGAUACAAAGGAGAAAGAGAUGGAUUAUGUGAAUUCCUACCUUAGGAUCCUAAGCAAUGUAGAGGUGGUGUCCUCCCAGAGUGAACUAAAUGAAAUAGUAAUCGACCCUGAGACUAACUUCAUCGUCUCCUUUACCUUCACCUCACUGCAUGAAGAGGAGCCAUAUUUAUCAGAUUUAAAACAAUGGCUUCAGAUCAAGGAAACUCAUGAUCCUGCAUUAGCCAGUUCUGUUGCUGAGAAACCAAAAUCCAAAGUGUGGUUUGAGGAAAAAGAAAUAUAUCAAAAAGCUCAAAAAUCUGCAAAGUCCCUUUCACAUUUUGUCAGUGUCAACAAACCUAACAGGAAGACUCGGUUCAUUGUGGCCUCUGUCCCAGACGAGGACAAUCCAGGCACUUCCAUUUACCUGUAUGAAAAUGGGGAGCUGAUCAGCACCAACUUUGAGCCUCCAUCAAAGCCUCUUCCUCCCCUGAUUGAUGGAAUCAGACAUGACCGUGUGCAGCUCACAUUUAACCCAGCAGCCUAUGGCAGGGCUGCGAUAUCCGGCUAUCGGGCAGAGUACAGAAUUGUAGGGCAGGAGAACUGGACGGCUGUGGAUGUAAAUAACACACAAGAGACAUUCACAGUAACAGGGCUCCGUGCAAACACCGAGUACCAGUUCCGAUACGCUGCAGUGAGCAAACCAGGGCUCAGCGAGAGCAGCGACGUGAGUGAUACUGUGAAGACGGCUGUGGAAGGGCUGCAGCAGCUAUAGAUGGGAAUACAGGAUGUUGCAGAGUUUGCCCUAGUAAAUGUGACUGCAACGUUCAUUUCAAUCAAAAGUACAAUUGGGAUUAUGAAGUAGUAAAAGAGAAACGGACCUAUGCACAACUGAAAGAGAAGUAUGAGAAGGCAUCUGCUGAGGUGUUAUCGACAUAGAAUGUGGUUGAGAAGCUGUCUCAGGAAUACUGUGUGGUGCAAGAGAUAUUAAUGGAGCUUAUUGAUAAAUCAUCUCGCAGCCUCCAGCGUCUGCAAGCAAUUGCUUUGAAACCCAACCCGCUGUCCACGCCGGAAUACAUUGACCUGCUGAUCAUGUCGGAACAACAGGAACUAAAGCCUGGGUACCAAGAAAGGAUAAAAUCUCUGAGGGAAGUGAGGGAAAUAGCUGAGAUAAUAAGAAAGAUUGCCAAUAAGGAGCCCCUGCUGCCAGGAGAGAAGGAUAUGUAUGAGAAGCGUAAAGAAAAAAAGUCUGCCUUCAAAACUUUUGUGAAAGGAAAACUGGAUAUUUGUAAAGGCUUGUUUAAAUGAAAACUGACGGCAGUUUACCCAUGAAAAUGAAAUCGCCAGUUUAACCAAAGCAUGUAGCUUAGCCAUGAUUCAGGGCUGGUGUCUCUUGUCUUUUUUAUAACAUUUUCUUUUAAGAUUCAAUCAGCCUGAUUCUCCUCUAACUUACACCAGCUUUAUUGCGCUAUUCAGCUUACACCAGUGUAACUAACUGAGGAAUCUGGCCCCUUGAAUUGGAGGGAAAAACAUUUUAUAAAAAUAAAAAAAAAUAGUUUAACUCCUUAAGAGGAAAUUGCUUCACUAUCUAAUGUUCACAUGGACACUUCUCAGAUCAGGGUUAGAAACCUAUGUUCUGUUUAUACAAGUGCUCUCUCUGUCACUGCUUAUAUUUAUACCUGGGGGAAUUCUGUGCCAAAAAAUUAAAAAUUCUGCACCAUAAAAUUAAAAAACCUGUGC